UUUCGUCCCAAACAGAGCCUUUUGUUAUCGGCGCAACAACGGAAACCGAAGUAAUUUUCUCACGAGGCCCAUAGGCCAUAACCACCGCUCACCAACUUUUUCUCGCCGACCAAACACUCGAAACCCUCUGGUUUUCUUCAUACCCCAAAUCUUUCCUCACGAUCUUCAUCACUUAAAAACACACUACGAAGAUGAACCCAUCAAAUCAACCCCCUCAAUGGACUUCUCCUUUCCCGCAUUACCUUCACAACCCCUUCCCCUUCACCAUCUCUGCUCCUGGACAAAACCCUAACCCUAAUUCGGUCCCAGUCCCCGUUCCUAACCAUGAUCCUUAUCCGGUCCCACCGUACGAGCCAAAUCCAAAUCCCAAUUCUAAUGGUAACCCCGGUGUUAAUAUUAACCCUAAUUGGAACCACCUUCUCCCACUGUAUGUCCCCAAGAAGCGAAGACGAGGUAGACCCCGGAGUACGGCGCAAUCCGCGCAUUAUCACAACCAGGUAUAUCACAUGCCUUAUGCUUCAAAUGGUAUAUUUGGCGUUAGUAAUGGGGAGUUAUCUAUGCCUUCUUCGUCUGCUUCAGCUAUCGUACCUAAUAUUGGAGUUUCUAACUCUUCAAAUGCUAAUUACAAGAACCCUAAUCCUUCAACGCAAACAGUUCCUGAUGUAUCUGAUGAGAUCAUUGUGAUCAAUAAAGAAGCCACUUCUGAAGCUUUGACUGCACUUACGUCUGGGUUUCCAGCCGAUUCCCUUACCGAAGAGGAAAUAGACGCCAGGGUUGUUUCUGUUGUCGGUGGAAUUGAACAGGUUAAUUACAUUCUUGUUAGGAACCACAUUAUCAUGAGAUGGCGUGAGAAUGUUUCACAUUGGAUCACGAAGGAGAUGUUUGUUGAUGUUAUACCUUCACAUUGUAGUAAACUCUUGGACUCUGCCUAUGAUUAUUUGGUUUCACAUGGAUAUAUUAAUUUCGGGGUUGCCCCUGCUAUAAAGGAGAAAAUUCCAUCAGAGCCCAGUAAGCCAACUGUGAUAAUUGUUGGAGCAGGUUUGGCGGGUUUGGCUGCAGCACGGCAGUUAAUGAGGUUUGGAUUCAAAGUGACUGUUUUGGAGGGAAGGAAACGUGCUGGUGGAAGGGUUUAUACGAUGAAAAUGGAGGGAGGGAAUAGGACUGCUUCUGCAGAUUUAGGAGGAAGUGUGUUGACCGGUACACUUGGGAACCCACUUGGGAUUUUGGCUAGACAACUGUCAUCUCCUCUUCAUAAGGUGAGAGACAAGUGCCCACUCUACAAUUUGGAUGGAAAACCUGUGGACCCAGAUGUGGAUUCAAAGGUGGAAACUGCUUUUAACCAUCUUUUGGAUAAGGCGAGUAAGAUUAGACAGUUAAUGGGAGAUGUUUCACAGGAUGUUUCUCUUGGGUCAGCACUGGAGACCUUUUGGCAGGUUUAUGGGGACGCCGCAAAAGCGGAGGAGAUGAACUUAUUUAAUUGGCAUCUUGCUAAUUUGGAGUAUGCAAAUGCGGGUUUACUUUCUAAGCUUUCCCUUGCUUUCUGGGACCAAGAUGACCCAUAUGAUAUGGGAGGAGACCACUGCUUCCUUCCUGGAGGAAAUGGGAGGCUAAUUCAGGCUUUGGCUGAGAACAUGCCGAUUCUUUAUGAGAAAACUGUGCAUACAAUUCGUUAUACUAGCGACGGAGUACAGGUUGUUGCUGGGAGCCAGGUGUUCGAGGGCGAUAUGGUGCUAUGCACUGUUCCUCUUGGGGUUUUGAAGAGUGGUUCAAUUAAAUUUUUUCCAGAGUUGCCUCAGAGGAAGCUUGAUGGGAUAAAGAGGUUAGGAUUUGGUUUGUUAAACAAGGUUUCAAUGCUUUUUCCUCAUGUGUUUUGGGGAACAGAUCUGGAUACAUUUGGUCAUCUCACUGAUGAUCCAAGCCGUAGGGGGGAAUUCUUUCUGUUCUACAGCUAUGCAACUGUGGCUGGUGGUCCUCUUCUGAUUGCUUUAGUGGCAGGAGAAGCUGCUCACAAAUUUGAGAGCACGCCUCCCACUGAUGCUGUGACCCGGGUUCUUCAGAUUCUCAAGGGUAUAUAUGAACCACAAGGGAUUGAUGUCCCAGAACCUAUCCAAACUGUUUGUACCAGAUGGGGUAGUGAUCCUUUCAGCUUAGGUUCUUACUCUAAUGUCGCUGUUGGGGCGUCAGGAGACGACUAUGAUAUCUUGGCAGAGAGUGUAGGAGAUGGAAGAGUUUUCUUUGCAGGAGAGGCAACUAUGAGGCGUUACCCUGCAACUAUGCAUGGAGCUUUUCUUAGUGGGCUAAGAGAAGCUGCAAAUAUGGCCCGCUCUACUAGCCUUAGAUCCAUGAAAACAAAAGUAGAUAGGAGCCCGUCAAAAAAUGCACAUUCUUGUGCAUCACUUCUUGCAGAUUUAUUCAGGGAGCCCGAUAUGGAGUUCGGGGGUUUUUCUGUAAUUUUUUGUCGGAAGAAUUCGGAUCCCAAGUCUAUGGCAGUUUUGAGGGUGACAUUGAGUGGACAGCGAAAGAGGAACCAAGAAGGCUCAAAGCCAGACCAGCCGCACUCCAAUAAAUUACUAUUCCAGCAGCUUCAGUCCCAUUUUAAUCAGCAGCAGGAGUUUCAUGUUUACGCUUUGUUAUCAAGGGAACAGGCACUUGAGCUGAGGGAAGUAAGAGGGGGUGAUGAUAUGAGAUUGAAUCACCUGUGUGAAAAGCUUGGAGUGAAGCUGGUUGGGAGAAAAGGUCUGGGGCCAACUGCGGAUUCUGUGAUUGCUUCCAUCAAGGCCGAGAGGGGAAAUCGCAAGUCUGCUUCAACGUCUAUGUCACUUAAAUCUGGGACAUCGAAGCCAAGAGCUAUUUUGAAGAAAAAGUUUGUUAGGAAGGCUCAAAUAAUGCGCAUCAACAAUGGUUCUACACCUCCAAAUGUAGGAGUGGGAGCUAAAAUGGUAGUUAAUGGCUUUGGCUCUCUCUCUACCCCAAAUCAAAAUGUGGAUUCCAUAAUUUUUGGCAAUGGCAAUGGCUUUACCCAUUCUUCAAGCAUAAAUGUUGGGGGCACUAGCUCCUCUCCCCCUACAGUAAAUACAGACAGUGGUGGUGGACAUGGCUCACUUCCUCCUCCAGUAUAAAUGUGAUGGACUGUAAACUGAGACCAAAUGUAGGAGUAUAUGUUGGAGCUAGUACAUUGAUGUAGCACAACCUUGGCUCUUUGUGACAGGUAAUAUUCAAUUCACUUGAUUUGCUCAACUUACCCUUGGUGCAUCUGGUAGUCAAUUGGAAAUAUACUCCUUCAUAUUGUGGUUUAACAAGGCAUUUGUUCGAGCUAAUUGUGAUUUAAGAGCACUCAAAGCUUAGUUACUUACUCAUGUCUGUGGAUGAUCUUCCAGCUGCAUCUUUUUGUUUGGGCAAAAGGAAGUAUUUGUGUCUGUGCCCAAGUGUAAGUUUGUUUGUUUGUUCUGAUUUAUUACAUCUUAUUGACAUUUGUUUACAGACGGUAGUAAUGGUGUAUCUCCAUUCCCUCAAACAUUUAUGUGCGGAGAUGAGGCCUCAUGCAUUUCAGCAUCAAUUGUUAGGUCAUUAUUGAAGGGAUUUGGGAAUUUAACGUUAGUUGUCACUUUCUGGUGGUAGUUGCAGUUCUGUCUUGUUUAGUUAUUCCAUUUUGGAAGCCAUAUGUUAUUCUUGAGACUGUGAAGAACACCAAGUUUUUCAUUACCUUGGAAUGGUCGUCUAUAUGAUUCUCUGAUGCCCGCAGGCCAGCACUAUGGAUGGAAAUGCCCUUCAAUAUUCGAGCAAGAGUUCGAUGGUGGUUCUUGUUGUCCCCUGACAUGGUACUCUACUAAAGUCGGAGUUACUUGCAAAGGACCUGGACUGCAAGUCCUGGCCCAUGGCUUCUGGUUCGUGCAAUAUGGCAGACUACCUUCUGUCUCAACUCCUCAUUGGGUUCUGUUAUUUACAAACUCGCAGCAGGAGAGAUCUCGACUCUAAGGUGGAAGGUGGAUAUACAAUUCAUUGAUGGGAUUCUCGAUGCCUACCCUUACUCCCAAAGAAUGCUGCUUCUGGGCGUCUUGGCGUGAUGAUCAUAGUGUUCUUCAACUAAAUGUCUUUUAGUUCUUGAACAUGUACAUACAAGCAGUCAAUCCAUUGCAUUGUUGCUUAUUCUUAUUAUCCGCAUCUGUCGUGCUGCUAAGCCCUAAGCCUUCAAAAAACUCGUGCGAAUGAUGGGAGGCCAGAGCUGAACAGACGUGCAUGCCAUUUUCUAGGCUUGUGAAGGCAUUUUUGCUCGUUGAUCCUGUGUAAACUCAGAAAGUUCUCAAUUUCUUUUUCUUUUACAUUCAUAUUGUAGCCUAAUGGAAAGCUUGAUAGCUUAGGUUGCC